CCUCCCCCUCCCCGGCUCUCCCACGGUGCGGGCGGGUUCUCCGCCGCCGCCCCCGCCGCCGCGGCCACCACUCCGCCCCCCGCGCGGCGCGGAGCCGCAGUAAUAAGCCCGGCGCGGGCGGCGCAGCCACGGCGGGGCAUCGUCCUGCGCGCGGGCCGGGUCGGUCCUCGGUGGCCACUUGCACGCCGCCGGGCUGGGGAGCAUCCCGCGGCCCCGGGCCCCUCCGAGCGCCCCUGGAUGAAGCCGUGCGUUAUCCCCGCGGGGGCGCAGCGCCGGCGGCGGGCGCGGGUCGCGCGGGGCAGCCCGGCCAUGCGGGUCCCCGGCUGCGCGGUGCUCUGGGUGCUGCUGCUGGCUCAGGUGGGUGUGCAGCAGGCACCUGUGUGCGCCGUGGGACCCGCAGCGACCUCGCCCGGGAACCCGAGCGUCCGGCGUCCUCCUGGUCCCGCGGAGCAGCUGGGCUGGGUGGAAAAGGGCGAGUAUGACCUGGUGUCCCCCUAUGAGGUUGACCCCAACGGCAACUACGUGUCCCACGAGAUCACGCACCCGCAGAGGCGGAAACGGGCGCUGGCGCAGCGCGGGGUGGACGCUCUGCACCUUCGGCUGAAAGGCUUCCGGCACGACUUCCACAUGGAUCUGACAACUUCCGUCAAGCUGGUGGCCCCUGGAUUCCUCGUGCAGACCCUGGGAAAGGGGGGCACCAAGUCGGUGCAGACUUUCCCGCCCGAGGAGUUCUGCUUUUACCAGGGUUCCUUGCGAUCCCACAAAAACUCCUCGGUGGCUCUUUCAACCUGCAAAGGUUUGUCAGGCAUGAUAAGAACUCAGGAGGCAGAUUACUUCUUGAAGCCGCUGCCUGCGCACCUGGCUGGGAGACUGCACGCCGCGGCCGGGGGUGCGCCCGCCUCGCACAUAUUGUACAAGCGAUCCACGGAGCCGCGGGCGCGGGGGGCCCCUCAGGCCGUGAGGAUGGAGAAGCGGUGGGAGCUGGAAAACCGCCGCCCCUUCCACGGCGAGGACCAGCCCCUGAGCCACGGCUUCCGCCUCGGGCACCCCCAGAAGCAGCAUUUCUGUGGGAGACGCAAGAAAUACAUGCCCAGGCCUCCCGAGGACGACCUCUUCACCCUGCCCGACGAGUACGGGGCCGGCUUCAGGCACAGGCGCUCCCUCCUCAAGUCCCACCGGCACCAAGAGCUGAACGUGGAGACGCUGGUGGUGGUUGACAGAAAGAUGACGCAAAACCACGGCCACGAAAACAUCACCACCUACGUCCUGACCAUACUCAACAUGGUGUCUGCUUUGUUCAAAGAUGGAACAAUCGGAGGAAACAUCAAUAUCGUGGUCGUAGGUCUGAUUCUUCUAGAAGAAGAACAGCCAGGGCUCGUGAUAAGCCACCACGCAGACCACAGCCGCGGCUUCCGUGGAACACCACUGUCCUCCUGGGAGCCGGGCUUUGGGGCCGUGCCAGGCGAGGGCUGCUGUGUGGCCAGCUCCCAGCCCAAGCCUGUGUCUGUGACGAGCAUUCCUGUUGGGCAGCGCGUCCACCUGUCGGGGCAAUGGGAGACAGAUUUCUCUAAAGGACAGAGGAAAAGGCACCCAUACGAUGCGCCCUCCUUCUUUAUGUUACUGCAACCCUGCUCCUGUGUGUUCUCUGGGUCUCUGUGUCCUGCAGGCUUCGCGCCCAUAAGUGGAAUGUGUAGUAAAUAUCGCAGCUGCACGAUUAAUGAAGAUACAGGUCUUGGACUGGCUUUCACCAUCGCCCACGAGUCUGGACACAACUUUGGCAUGGUCCACGAUGGAGAAGGGAACGUGUGCAAAAAGUCAGAGGGCAACAUAAUGUCCCCCACGUUGGCAGGACGCAACGGGGUCUUCUCCUGGUCACCCUGCAGCCGCCAGUACCUGCACAAAUUUUUAAGCACUGCCCAGGCUGUGUGCCUUGCUGAUCAGCCAAAGCCCGUGAAGGAGUACAAGUACCCUGAGCAGCUGCCGGGAGAGUUAUAUGAUGCAAACACACAGUGCAAGUGGCAGUUUGGAGAGAAAGCCAAGCUCUGCCUGCUGGAUUUUAAAAAGGAUAUCUGUAAAGCCCUGUGGUGCCACCGGAUUGGAAGAAAAUGUGAGACUAAGUUUAUGCCAGCAGCGGAAGGCACUACUUGUGGGCAUGACAUGUGGUGCCGCGGAGGGCAGUGUGUGAAACAUGGUGACGAGGGCCCCAAGCCCACCCAUGGCCACUGGUCAGACUGGUCUCCCUGGUCCCCCUGCUCCAGGACCUGCGGAGGAGGGGUGUCUCACAGGGACCGGCUCUGCACGAACCCCCGACCAUCAAAUGGAGGGAAGUUCUGUGCGGGCUCCGCUCGAGCUCUGAAGCUUUGCAACAGUCAGAAAUGUCCCCAUGGCAGCGUCGACUUCCGCGCCCUGCAGUGCGCCGCGUACAACGGCAAACGGUUCCGAGGACGGCACUACAAGUGGGAGCCCUACACCCACGUGGAAGAUCAGGACUUAUGCAAACUCUACUGUAUCGCAGAAGGAUUUGAUUUCUUCUUUUCUUUGUCAAAUAAAGUCAAAGAUGGGACUCCAUGCUCGGAGGAUAGCCGUAAUAUUUGUAUAGAUGGGAUAUGUGAGAGAGUGGGCUGUGACGACGUCCUGGGAUCUGACGCCGUGGAAGACGCCUGCGGUGUGUGCCAGGGAAAUAACUCGGAUUGCACGACGCACAAGGGCCUGUACGCCAAGCAGCCCCGCUCCAACCAGUAUUAUCCAAUGGUCACCAUUCCUUCUGGAGCCCGGAGCAUCCGCAUCUACGAAAUGAAUGCAUCUACCUCCUACAUUUCUGUGCGGAAUGCACUCAAAAAGUACUACCUGAACGGACACUGGACAGUGGACUGGCCCGGCCGCUACAAGUUUUCAGGAACUACCUUCGACUACAGACGCUCCUACAAGGAGCCCGAGAGCUUGACUUCCGCGGGGCCAACCAACGAGACGCUGGUCGUGGAGCUUCUGCUUCAGGGAAGGAACCCGGGCAUCGCCUGGGAGUACUCGGUGCCGCGGCGGGCGGGUGAGAGGAAGCUCGGCGUCCAGCCCAGCUACACGUGGGCCACCGUCCGCUCCGAGUGCUCCGUCUCCUGCGGAGGGGGGCACAUGACCACGCGAGGAGGCUGCUACAGAGACCUGAGGUUCCCCGUGAACGCGUCCUUCUGCAGCCCCGACACCCGGCCUGCCGCGGGGCUCACGCCCUGCAAAGUGUCUGCCUGCCCCCCCAGUUGGUCCGUGGGGAACUGGAGCGCCUGCAGCCGGACGUGCGGCGGGGGCACGCAGAGCCGUCCCGUCCAGUGCUCGCGGCGCGCGCACUACAAAUCGGAGCGGGUCUCGGCCAGCCUGUGUCCUCAGCCCGUGCCCUCCAGCCGCCAGGCCUGCCACACUCAGAGCUGCCCACCCGCGUGGAGCGCCGGGCCCUGGGCCGAGUGCUCACGAACCUGCGGGAAGGGGUGGAGGAAGAGGUCCGUGGCCUGUAAGAGCACCAGCCCCUCGGCCAGGGCGCAGCUGCUGCCCGACGCCGUCUGCGCCUCGGAGCCCAAGCCCAGGACACAUGAGGCCUGUCUGCUCAGGCGCUGCCACAAACACAAGAAGCUGCAGUGGCUUGUGUCCGCCUGGUCCCAGUGCUCUGUUACGUGUGAAAGAGGAACACAGACAAGAUUCUUAAAAUGUGUUGAGAAGUACGUUUCUGGGAAGUACCGAGAGCUGGCCUCGAAGAAGUGCUUGCACCUGCCGCAGCCCAGCCUGCAGCUGGAACGCGUCUGCGCCCCGUUUCCCUGCCCCAGGCACCCCCUGUUGGCUGCCGCAGGCCCCCCGCGGGCCAGCUGGUUUGCCUCGCCCUGGUCUCAGUGCACGGCCAGCUGUGGGGGCGGCGUGCAGACGCGGUCCGUGCAGUGCCUGGUGGGCGGCCGGCCGGCCUCGGGCUGCCCCGUGCACCAGAAGCCCGCGGCCUCCCAGGCCUGCAGCACUCACUUCUGCCCCAUCGCAGAGAAGCGAGGUGCCUUCUGCGAGGACCGCUUCCCCUGGUGCUCCCUGGUGCCCCAGCACGGGGUGUGCAGCCACCACUUCUACAGCCAGCAGUGCUGCCGGACCUGCUCCCGAUCCAACCUGUGAGCCGCGUCGGCUGCUUCCCGGGCACGGGAGCUACCGUCUCCAGCACCAGCGAGGCAGAUGGAAGCCUGAGGGAGGAAAACCGUGUUGCGGGCUCUUCGACAUGACUGCAUGUGCAUGUGUGUGUGACUGGUGUGUGCGAGCACAUCCCUAGGUGCACACAGAUAUGCUCUCGCGGAGGGGGAGGUAUGAAGCCGGGCCUCGGGUGCCCUGCCCCGCAGGCCGCUGCCCACCCAACGUGCUGCCCCUGGCCGGGCGGAGCCUCGUCUAAGAAGACAGGCCCAGAAGGGAGGAAGAAGAACUGAACAUCUGACCCCCCACAGCGGAUGCCCACCGCCCGCCUCCCCCUACCUGGAGGCCCCUUCCCACCUGGAGGCGGGAUGAGCUCUGGGCUCCAACCCAGACCCUUUCUCUGCAGGGGCCCCGGGGCCCCGACCAGACCGGGUGUUGCUCCAGGGGGCGCCAGCCCAGCCGGGGGAGCUGGGCUCCGUCCCGAGUGGGGACCUCGCCUCUGGACUCCCUGCUGCGGUGCUCUGUCCCUUUCAGCCUCAUGUGCUGGAGGAGAGAAUUUUCAUAUUUUAUGUUUUAUCUUUCUCAGUUAUUUACAAGUGAGUGUUCCAAUUUAAACCCAUUUCUUAAUGCUUCUCUGUUUCAAAUGUCAGAAUUACAGGUGGUGCCAGAAUCAGAGACUUACCGGUUACAGCAAAGCCCUGCGGACCGACCGAGGGCUCGCGGACGGUCCCAGUCGGGCAGGCGUCAAGUGAUGACCUGGGAGCCGGGUUUUGUGUUUGUAUGUCGCGGGGUUUUUAAAAAAGUUUCUUCUGCAAAUUUAGGUUGUUUCUGUAACACCCGUUCAGAAGGAAGGCGGGCAAUUCCCCAAGGGCAGGCUGCACGCGGGCCUCCGACAUCCUCCCGCCAGCGAGCGCGUGGCUGUGGUCUUUCCUGUGCUGUGAUCUCCACGCCAAACGGCGCCUGGAUAUUUAUAUUUGCUGAAGUUUUAUAAUAAAUUUUAUACUGGGCA